GUGAGAGAGAGAGGGGGAGAGAAAGGUUAAGGAAUCCGAGCUAAGGCGCCGUUUCUUCUCCUCCUGCUUUUUUCUUCUCGGCACCGUCACUGGAGGGAGAGGAUUCACGGGACGAGGCGACGCGGAAGGGAUUUCGUCGCUUGUGUGGGCGGCGCGUCCGCUGGUUGCUUUGCUUCCAUGGAGAGGGAUUUCCUGGGUGCGAUCGACAGGGCGUGGAAGUGCGGCGAGGCGGCGAAGGAGGAGAGCCGAUCGGAGCCAGACAGCCCGGCGGCGACGCGGUGGCAGUUUGCGGCGAGGUCCGGCGUCGCGCCGGCGUUCAUGUCGUUCAGGACGGAGGCGACGGGCGAGGGCUCUGAGGCGUUCUCGGUCUCCGAGCUCCGGCCGGCCGGAGACGCCUUCGACGGCAUCAAGAAGCAGAGCUCCAUGCUUUCGAUCUACCAGCAGCAGAGGCAGUUUGGCCACAACAGCAGCCAGGCCACGGCACAGCAGCAGUACCCUGCAGCGGCGCACAGGCAGCGCUCGCAGGUGGCGGAUUACGGCGCGGCGGCACCGCAUCGUCUCCCUGGUGGUGGUGGUGGUGGAUGCAGGCUAGUGCAGCCGGUGUCGGUGCGCCACCCUGUGCCGUUCCAUCAGGCCAACCUGAUGGUCAGGUCAUCAGUGUCGCAGAGCUUCCACAACCAGCAGCAGCCUUUCACCAUGAGCAACAACGGGUUUGGCGGCUCUACGGCCGGCGUGUACGGGGCGAGGAACCCACGGAACCAGGCCUCGACGCAGCUCACGAUAUUCUACAACGGCUCGGUGAAUGUUUUCGACAACGUCCCGGUCGACAAGGCUAAAGAGCUCAUGAUGCUGGCCAGCAGGGCGUCUGUUCCUGGUGCUACCCCGUCAAGUGAGCCGGACUCGCCGCCUGUUCCUGCCCCUGCCCCUGCCAAGGUCAACGUGGCCGAGGUCUUCCCUGGUGCUAGACAGAUCGCAGUUCAGAAACCGGAGCCCUGCGUGCCGCAUCUAUCAAGCGCGGCAACUGCAAGCCCAGUCCGCAUCGUCGUGCCGCAAGCCGUGGCUCCCUCCAGGAGCACGUCUCACUGCGCUACAGAGGCCUGCGGUUCCAAGCCUGCUGCUGCUCCUACCAGCCAGACAGUCUCGUCGUCCCGGCAGUUGGCAGCUGCAAGUGCUGCUGCAGCUGUUACGCCAAGAGCUGUCCCUCAAGCUCGGAAAGCGUCGCUCGCCCGGUUCUUGGAGAAGCGAAAGGAAAGAGUGGCUAGCGUCGAGCCAUACCUGACGUCCAACUCCAAGAGCCCGCUAGAGAGCAGUGACGCCGUCGGCAGCGCUAGCGCUCCAACGAAAUCGUCAUCCACAGACGUCGCCCCGGCGAGCAGCCACAACGGCGGCGGCGCAGAGCUUGUGCGCCAUGGCGGAUAUCCCAGGAGCAUCAGCUUCAGCACAAAUUUGCAGAUCUGACUCUGGUGUUGCUGUCCAUAGACUACCACUACCACUACGACUCCGUGUCCGUGAGCGCGCCCCUCCCUACCCAUCGACACGAAAGCUGGAUAGCUGUCUUGCUUUGCAUCCGGAUGAGGCGGGAGGUAUAGGAAGAUACGAUGAGAUGAGAGUAUAAAGAUGCUGAGUGCUAGCCUAGCCGCCCGCUGUAUAGCUUUUGCAGCGCGCUGCUGACAAGAUCGAGGGCCGUGACCUACUCGUUUCAGGCUCUUCUUGAAUGGUUUUUUUGUCGUGGUCCAUUGUUGUAUAUUAUUCAACUUGAGAAACAGAGAGUGCUGCUCUGUCUCUGAUAAAAGUUUAUAUGAAAUUGAU